AUGUCGCAUAAGUGCAAGCAGCUGCCUGAUAAGCCACUGUAUGGUGGAGGGAUUCUGAAGGGUCAAGAGAUUGACUACAUAUGGGUCAGAAGUUGGGUAAAGAUUACCGAUAUUGAAUCUACUGUUUUAUGGGUUGUUGUGGGGACAAAGGAAACCUGUGGAGCCACCGUUAUUGCUCGGGAAGGAUGUUGGUCUUUUGUUAAGGGAGGAUUUUACUUAGAGGCACCUCUAAACACAUCGGUCCUACAUUUUGAGGAUUAUAACGGCAGGAAUGUCCACAUAGAAGUUGCGAGUAUGUCAUUGCAACAAUUCUCCGAGGAGCAAUGGCGGGCACACCAAGACAAGGCGAUCCAACAGGUAAGAAAACGUAAUAGUAUAAUCACGGUUACGGAUCGACAUGGAGCUAAACUACAAGGUGCAAAAAUAAAAGUGGAGCAAAUCUCCAGAGAUUUCCCCUUUGGAGUCGCAAUUUCAAGCGCCAUUUUGGAUAACCCAUCCUAUCAGAAAUGGUUCAAGAAAAGAUUUACAGUGACGGUGUUUGAAAACGAACUGAAAUGGCCGUCGAACGAGCCGAGGCCGGGAACGUCAAACUUCAAGACGGCGGACAAAAUGGUGGAGUACGUGACGAGGAACAAAAUCCCGACUCGCGGCCACAACAUUAUAUGGCAGGACCCGGUGUUCGCGCCGUCGUGGGCGCGCAACCUGACGGGGGAGCGGCUCCGGCAGUUCGCCACCAACCGGCUGCGCACCGUGAUGGAGCGGUACAAGAACAAGUUCAUCCACUGGGACGUCAACAACGAGAUGCUCCACUACGACUUCUACGAGACGAAGUUGGAUGACCGGAACGCGUCGCUGAAGUUCUACCAGAUGGCGCAGGCGGUCGACCCCAACAUCCCGCUCUUCUUGAAUGAUUUCAAGCUGGUGGAGUCAUGCGGCAAUGGCAGCAACGUGGACGGGUACAUCGCCAAGAUUCGGGAGUUUCAGCGGAACGGGAUCAAGCUUCUGGGAAUGGGACUGGAAGGGCACUUCUUCAAUGGGGUAAACCCGGUUUUCAGUCGGGCGGUGAUGGACAAAUUCGCCACCGUCGGCGUCCCCGUCUGGCUCACGGAAGUCGACGUGAGCCUCAAGUACGGGCUGGAGAAACAGGCGCGGUAUCUGGAGAAAGUCUUGCGGGAAGGGUUCGCCCAUCCCGGCAUCGGCGGCAUCGUCAUCUGGGCCGCCAUUAACCACCAAGGCUCCUGCUGGCAGAUGUGCCUCACCGACAAGAACUUCAACAACACGCUCGCCGGCGACGUCGUCGAUAAGCUCCUCAAAGAAUGGCACACCGGCAAGCUCACCGGAAAGACUGAUAGCAAUGGGUCGUUUAGCUUCUCUGGGUUCUUGGGGAAUUACAGAGUCACUGUUAAGCAUCCUUUGCGGCGGCGUUUUAAAACUACCGUUUCGCUCUCCAAAGGCGUCGGUCCACAGCACUUCCAAAUCCGAACAUCGCACAAGAACAUCGAAUGGGGAAUGAAUUGUAGAGUGGUGGCCUUCUCCGGCGAGAAGGUGACCACAGUGGUCACCGGCGACAGUUGA